CGUGUGAUUUGGCAGCACAUUCUGACGUGACGUCCGUCUUCAUAUUUCUGAGCAAGCAAACCUGGAACACGCAUAAAAGGCCAACGAUGAUAUGAAAACAACGGGAAGAUAGAAAGUAAAGGCUUCUCACAAGUGUUAAGGGCUUCUGAACUGCUAACAAAUACAAAGCUGUGGAUAUGUACUGACAACCGCUUCUUCUCCAGGUGCAGACAAUCAACGUCACAAUGAGCACUUCACUACAUCUUAUCUGCGUAAUGUUCUUUGGCUGUGCAGUUGGUUUAUUUCCACAAUGUGCAAAAAUACUUCCAGACUCUGCAAGUCGGAUGCCAGUUGAAGUGGGGAAGGAGUUCACAGCUAUAUGUAAAUUUAACCAGUCACUGUACAGCCCAGAGGACAUUGAAUGGAUCAUGGGAAAUGUUACCCUCCCUCGGGAGUCUUACAAGACAAUAAAUAAAUCGACUGUUUCUGUCACUGUGAAAAUCAGUAGUUCCAUGAAAAACCCAUUAAAGUGUUCAGCUUUUAAACGGACACCAUCGUUUAAAGGUCCAUGUACCUAUGGGAUCUACCUUGAUAAAGGAUAUCCACCAUUAGAGCCAAAGAAUCUGACCUGUGUUGCUCUUCAAGUUGGCAGGAUGAUAUCCCCUAACUUGACAUGUUCUUGGGAUCCAGGGACGAGAGAUCCACUUAUUGGCACCAAAUAUACACUUUUUGCAAGAAUUUCUCCUUCUUUUGGCAGCCUGGGGUUUAAUUCUUCUAGUGAGGAGCCACUUGCACACAGUCUCACUGUCAAUUUGAAGACUUUCCCCAAUCAUAUGAAGUUAGCAGUCUGGUUGAAGGUGGAGAAUGCAUUGGGGAACGUGACUUUAGAAGAAGGGGAAAAAGAUGCAGAAGAGUUUGUGAAACCAAAUCCACCAGCAAAUGUGAAGGUUAUUCCAGAAGACAAAUUCCCAGGGUCUUUAAUGGUUAACUGGAAUCAUCCCAUUGAUGCAACGAUCUUCAAACUAAAGUACAUCAUCAGAUACUGCGAAGCCGGCUCCAGCAAUUGGAAAGAGGUACCCCAGGAACACACUAAAGCUUAUACGGAGUCCUUUAGGCUGCAGUCACUUCAGCCGUACACUGAUUAUGUGGUUCAGAUGCGCUGCAUUCAUCACGAAGGCCUCGGUCACUGGAGUGACUGGAGUUCCAAUGUCACCGUUCGCACCCCAGAAGAGAGUUUAUUUUCGCAAUGUGCAAAAAUACUUCCAGACUCUGCAAGUCUAAUUCCAGUUGAAGUGGGGAAGGAGUUCACAGCUGUAUGUAAAUUUAACCAGUCACUGUACAGCCCAAAGGACAUUGAAUGGAUCAUGGGAAAUGUUACCCUCCCUCGGGAGUCUUACAAGACAAUAAAUAAAUCGACUGUUUCUGUCACUGUGAAAAUCAGUAGUUCCAUGAAAAACCCAUUAAAGUGUUCAGCUUCUAAACGGACACCAUCGUUUAAAAAUCCAUGUACCUAUGGGAUCUACCUCGAUAAAGGAUAUCCACCAUUAGAGCCAAAGAAUCUGACCUGUGUUGCUCUUCAAGUUGGCAAGAUGAUAUCCCCUAACUUGACAUGUUCUUGGGAUCCAGGGACGAGAGAUCCACUUAUUCGCACCAAAUAUACACUUUUUGCAAGAAUUUCUCCUUCUUUUGGCAGCCUGGGGUUUAAUUCUUCUAGUGAGGAGCCACUCGCACACAGUCUCACUGUCAAUUUAAAGACUUUCCCCAAUCAUAUGAAGUUAGCAGUCUGGUUGAAGGUGGAGAAUGCAUUGGGGAACGUGACUUUAGAAGAAGGGGAAGAAGAUGCAGAAGAGUUUGUGAAACCAAAUCCACCAGCAAAUGUGAAGGUUAUUCCAGAAGACAAAUUCCCAGGGUCUUUAAUGGUUAACUGGACACAUCCCAUUCAUGCAACGAUCUUCAAACUAAAGUACAUCAUCAGAUACUGCGAAGCCGGCUCCAGCAAUUGGAAAGAGGUACCCCAGGAACACACUAAAGCUUAUACGGAGUCCUUUAGGCUGCAGUCACUUCAGCCGUACACUGAUUAUGUGGUUCAGAUGCGCUGCAUUCAUCUCGGAGGCCUCGGUCACUGGAGUGACUGGAGUUCCAAUGUCACCGUUCGCACCCCAGAAGCGAUCCCUAGAAGUGGACCAGAUCUGUGGAGAGUCUAUGGAGAUGAUGACUCAGUUAUAAAGCUGAUUUGGAAGAAACCUGUGAAGUCCAAUGGCAAAAUAUUGGCAUAUAACCUCACAAUUGAUGAAGGGAACAGUACAAAGAGGCUCGUUGUUUGUUCUAAUGAGCACCAAUUCCGUUUAAAGGGGGAAAGAGCUCUUAUCAAAAUAACAGCAAACAAUUCCGUAGGGGUAUCUCCGCCGUCCACUUUAAUGAUCUUCAGACCUGAGCCCUCUCGUGGAGUAGAUCAAGUGAGUUACUCAGUCCUUGAUGGGCAGCUGCAGGUGGACUGGCUUCCACCCACACAGAUCCGCGAACCUGUCUCUGAGUAUCUGCUGGAAUGGGUGUCUGUUCCCGACAAACAGAGGGACUGGCAGAGAGUGUCGGGAAAACUGAAUAAUACAGUCCUCAAAGGUAACUUUCAGCCAUUCAAACGCUACAGUAUAUCAGUCUAUCCGAUUUACAAAAAAAAGCACUACAGCUGGCCAGGGAAGAAUUUCACUGUGGAAGCAUAUCUCCAGCAAGGACCUCCCCUAAAGGGUCCUUCUGUUGAUGUGUCCAACACCCAAAAAAACAAUGCUUUCUUGAAAUGGAACAUGAUUCCAAUAGAAAGUCAGCGGGGGUUUCUCACCAAUUACACCAUCUUCUACAAAACAGGAGACGCCGAGCAAUCUGUUGUAGUUGACCCUCAUGUCUGCUCAUACAAGCUGACCGGACUGGCAAGUGAAAGUCAGUAUGUGGUGCACAUUAUGGCUUCUAAUGUGGAGGGAUCAGUAAACGGCUCUGACUCCAGUUUUUACACAAAAAAGUAUGAUGAUGGUGAAAUCGAAGUGAUCGUGGUGUUGGUGUGCUUGGGCUUCCUGUUCUUCAUAGUUUUCAUAAUGAUGCUCUCCCUCAAGAACAGAGAAGUGAUUAAGAAGCAUCUAUGGCCACAGGUUCCAGACCCCUCCCACAGCACUAUUGCUACUUGGUCACCUGACUGUCCCACUAGGACGGACACUCCAAAAGAAGCCACCCUGCCUGACGUGAGCGUGGUGGAGGUGGACGUAUUUGACGGGAAGUCUUUAUGUGAGGAGGACAAAGCAAUGCUGCCACUGAAGAAGGACAAGUACUUCUCAGAGGAGCACAGCAGCGGAAUCGGUGGCUCCUCCUGCAUGUCUUCCCCACGACAGAGCGUUUCCGAUAGCGAUGAGGGCGACUCGGGCCAGACCACGGCCAGCACCGUGCAGUAUUCCUCCGUGGUGGCCAGCGGCUAUAAAGGCCAGACCCCCAGCCUGCAGGCCCCUGUCUUUGCACGAUCCGAGUCCACACAGCCCCUUCUGGACUGUGAGGAGCACCAGGAGCAUCUGCUGGAUGGCGGCAGUCACCAGAGAAACUCUUACUUCAAACGGGGCAGAGGCCUCGAGCAGCUGCAGCCGCAGGACACAGAGGAGCCAGACUGCUUCAGUCCAAUGGAGGAGGAGGACACACCCACUCUCACAGAGGAUCCCCCAGGCCCUGUUCCCAGUUACAUGCCACAGCAGAGUGGCUACCGACCGCAGUGAGAGGACUGACACAUCGUUAACACAACCCUGUGCCUUCAUUUAGUGAUGACUUUUAAUGCCUGUAUUAAGGUUCAACACCGACUGCUGCUUAACCCAAAACAUUGUGUUGGUUGGAUUUUGGCUGUGAAUGUUUCAGGUCAAAUUGUUACUGUCAUUAGGCUUAAAACAUGCACAUGUGUCAAAUUCGGUCCCCUUUUGUAUGUUGUCUUUGUUUUAUGUAGUGUUUCUUUCAAGCUGUUUUUUUUAAUCAUGUUCUGUGUACAAUGUUUAUAAUAGUUACUGCUUUUUUCAGUUUUAUUUGGUUGGAAUAUUUAGUAUGCAUUAUACAUAUUUUUUUGAUCAGUUUGCAUAGUGUGAAAAAAAAAUACUGACUACUGUGCAUUUCUGGGGCCACAAGUGCUUUUUAAUCAUGAGUAAUGGUUAAAUGGAUAGAUCUUUAGUUUUCCAGAGUUUCACCAAUGCUUUCUUGCCCCCAAAUACCUGGACUAGGGUCUAAAAGUGUCUGUUAUAACAUUAAUUUACUGGAAUGAAGUGGGGUAAAUAUCAGCCUCUGUAACUUUACAGUAACUGAAAUUUGAACAUCUGGGAGUACUCAGAAACCCAGUACUUUGAGAUCAAAUGAACAUUUGUGAAAUCUGGAACAGUGGCAUCAUUCUACUUUAUUUCAGAAGUAUUACUGCACUUUUUCAUCACAUGGUAUACAGUUUCACAUGAGUGCGGAUUUUGUGUGUGUAUGUGUGUGUAUGUAUGUGUGAUUAUGCGCGUGUGUGCAAGAAAAUCAACACUACAUUAUCUCUGUGACAUAUUAGGACACCUUUAAUGCAUGACUUUUCACAUGUAUCCAAAUCCUGAUAUCAACUUAUCACUCAAUAACCUUAUGAGAAAUAAAACCAUUUAUCAAAACCA